AUGUCUGGAAACACGUCCUCGGAACUUUGGCAUGAUGCCUUUCCUCAACCUCAGUCCACCGUAGAAAUGAUAUCUGCUGCGGAUCUCCAUUCGCUGCUAGCAGACGCGAAGUCAGGCCAAAUCUUGGUCGUAGAUGUCCGCCGGACAGAUUUUGAGGGUUCAUUCAUCAAGGGCGCUAUCAAUCUUCCGGCUCAUUCGUUCUAUCCGACGCUUCAAUCAUUGAUGCCGAUUCUCACCCGAUAUCCGCUAGUUGUUUUUCAUUGCAACAACUGCAAGCCCGGUGGACGUGGACCUCGUGCAGCAGGUUGGUACCAGGAUGAACUGAACAGACGAGGGUUAACUGAGAGCCGAGCGGCGGUUCUAGAGGGAGGUAUCAAAGGCUGGAUCAGCAAGUACAGUGACGAUGAACUCACCUCCAGGCUUUAA